AUGUCUUUCCAUCAGCUACGAAGGUCAGCUCUGCCUAUUUUGACAGCUCUUAUUGGAUGUGGAGGUCUCAUCAUCGGUAUCUGGAGCUUCGUCUCACCUUCUUCGGCUGCUAACGCCUUUGGCGGGUACAUGGUCCGGGUUCUGCAGGCGCAAGCGCAGUCAUCGCCAACGCACGAAGGCACCCAGAUGUCGAACGGCACUCCCAGUAGUUUCGCAUAUGAUGUCAAAUGCGUAUCAUUCUCCGCUCGAUCUUCUCAGGGUCCCUUGAUUCAUCUCAUUGGACGACUGUCGCCAGAGCUACAGGAAGCUCAGCAUGAUGACGGUCUUUUGCAGGGCGAUGUCGAAUCCGUGCAAGCCCAUGACGCUUGGAGGGCGACUGCGGUGGGUUCGUCUGCGCAGGCAAGCACCUCGGCCUGCGAGAUUGGACAACCCUACCGCAAAUCGCGAUGGCGAUGGCGGCGCGAGGGCUUGACAGGCCUCCUACGCACUGAAGAAACAGGAAAGGGGCAUCGGGGAUGGCUGCUCUGGAGCCAAAACGACUAA